AUGGACGACAGCCAGCCUCCGAACAAACGACGGCGCGUUGGAGCCACGGCUGCCCUCUCGCGGCCCUUCAAGUCCCCGCUGCGCAAACCCGAGGCCAUCGAUUCGGGGUCGUCUCCAUUACCACCCUGUACACCGCGUGUGAGCAAAGCUCCCCAAAAUGGGACUUCUUCCCUUGCAGCCCUCACUCCAGGGCCGAAUCUGUCUGCAUCGUCGCUUUUGUCGUCACCUGCCACUCAUAUACGGAGGCCUACAAAACGCUCUGCUCUCACUACGCCAACACGGUCAUCUCUCGCAGAUCCCGAGCUAUUAGUUCUACAGACACAGGAACGCACUCUACAAUCUAGACUUGCGAGGCUACGCGCAGAACGCGAUACUGCGAAACAGGCACUCCGCAUCGAGACCUCAAGCAAAUUUGCCGAGCUCGAGGGGUUGAUCAUGAAGUGGCGCCUCGUCAGCCAGGAGGCAGCCGACGAGGUCUUUGCCGGAGCCCAGCAACGGGUCACCCAAAUGGGUGGUCUGGCAGUGUGGAGAGAACGCUCCAAACGUGAUACACUUCAGUGGGAUUACGAGGAGAAAGAGAAAGAGCAUGCGGACGAGUACGAAGAGGAGGAAGGGGCAUUGGCUGAUGCCUUAGCGGAGAAGAACGGUUCCGUGGUGGAGGAUGCCGAGCUACAAAAUGAGGUACACAUGCCUGUGGCACUUUUAUAUUGGAUGGAACAGGAGCUGACUUCAGUAUCACAGGACUUCACUAUGGAAUUCAUGUUGAAGACGUUGAACAUUGAUCUCAAGCUCAUCGGCUAUGACCCGGCGAUGGGGAAGUGGAUCCGGGACUGA